GGAUCUUAGUGGCGCGCAAACACGCGUGUGAUUUUGACAUAUAAGUUACGUGUUGUUUAUCCAGCCCUGCGCUGGACGUAGGACGGCCGGGAUGACCGGCCUGGGGUUGCGGCAUGUAGCAUCCAUUUUGGGGUUGGUGACAUACGUGUCAGCGCAAUAUUUUCAAUAUUUUCCGACUGCAAAUCGGACUUCGUUCAAUUCGACAGGGGGGUAUAGGAAUAACAGGAAACAUUACGAAAAUUAUAGAAGACCUGAGGUGCCAGAAAAUACCAACAGGAAUCCUUACAAUAAUAUUUACGGCAAUUACGAAUCAAAAAGUUAUUUAAAUAAUGUAUCACCAUCUACUGGUAGUGGAAGCAGCAGCUAUGAUAUAUUAGAUGUUUUAAAUCCAUCGCAGAACCGGAACGAAAAAUGCAUUCCUAAGUGUUUUGCAGAGAAGGGAGAUAGGGGUUUGCAAGGUGAACAAGGACCUCCCGGAGAAAGAGGAUUUCCCGGUUAUCCAGGACCGGAAGGAGUUAUGGGACCGAAGGGCCAGAAAGGAGAUCCAGGACCGCCGGGUCCUUGGGGACCCAAGGGUGACAGGGGAAGGACAGGUGUGCCUGGCUUCACAGGAAUUAGUGGUCUUCCAGGAUUGCCUGGUCCUGUUGGACCACCAGGUAUACCAGGAGUGGAUGGAUGUAACGGGACAGAUGGAUUACCGGGGCUUCCUGGAGAGCCUGGAGAACCUGGUCCUCGUGGGUUUCCAGGAGUUGCAGGAGUGAGAGGCGAUAAGGGAGAACCUGCACAUUGUGAAAUAACUCUAAAGGGUCAAAAAGGAGAACCAGGUUUAAAUGGAGUACCGGGAAUUCCUGGACCACCCGGACCAAGCGGUAUUGCCGGUCUUCCUGGAGAUAAAGGCGAAGAUGGAUUGCCAGGUCCUAGAGGUCCUCCGGGAUUAAAAGGUCCUAAAGGACAUAUGGGUGUUGGUAUUGAUGGCCCAAAAGGCGAGAAAGGGCAAAAGGGUUCUACUGGUCCCAAGGGCGAUUCGCAUACCUAUCAAAUAGGAAGUAACACAACGUUCGUGGUAAAAGGAGCUAAAGGGGAUAAGGGCGACUUGGGUGAUUUCGGACCGAAGGGACAAAAAGGCGAAGUAGGACCGGAAGGGGACUAUGGACUUCCUGGUCCAAUAGGUUCAAAAGGAGAAAAAGGUUUACCUGGUGCUCCAGGAUCGAGAGGUCGUGAUGGAUUUCCCGGUCCACCUGGUCCCAUCGGUCAAAAAGGUGACAGAGGCUCGGACGGAUUACCAGGAUUGUCAGGUAGGCCAGGUGGAAAAGGAGAACCUGGACGAGACGGUCCUAUGGGAGCUCCAGGUUUAAGAGGGCCACCCGGGCCACCUGGAGGUGGUAAAGGUCGGCCAGGUCCACCAGGACCUGCUGGUCCAAGAGGCUAUCCAGGUCCAAUAGGACCGAAAGGCAUGGAUGGCUUUCCUGGAGAACCCGGACCCCGAGGACCCCCUGGUCCUUUAGGAGGACCUGGAGAACCAGGAAGACCAGGUCUUGAAGGACCACCGGGCGAUAAAGGUCAAAAGGGAGAAUCUGGUUCGAUUGGUUUUCCUGGUGGUGAAGGCCCACGUGGUUUUCCAGGACCACCAGGACCGGAAGGUCCUAGAGGAUUUCCAGGAGAAAAAGGAUUAUCUAUAAUCGGUCCAAAAGGAUAUGAUGGAUUGCCAGGUAAAGACGGCGAGAAAGGUCAAAAAGGAGAACGUGGUUAUCCUGGUGCCAGAGGUAUACCAGGCGAUGCACUGGAAGGUAUUCAUGGAGCUCCUGGUGUGCCGGGGUUGCCUGGAGAAAAAGGAAUAGCAGGGCGGCCUGGAAUUCCGGGACAACCAGGACAUACGGGAGAAAAGGGAGACAAGGGUGGUCAAUGUACAGACUGUUUGCCUGGAUCAAGAGGGCCAAAGGGUGAUAGAGGAUUUGACGGAACCCCUGGAACGCCAGGGCCACGAGGACCACCCGGUGAAAUGGGCUUCCCCGGAGAACCAGGUGCUGACGGGUUACCAGGAUUGUCGGGGCCUCCAGGCCAACGAGGAAAUGACGGUUACAACGGACCUCCAGGAGUACCAGGAGAGAAAGGUGAAGCAGCAAUGAUUCCUGAUAGUUUGAUAGUAAUACCAAAAGGAGACAAAGGUGAAAGAGGCUUUCCUGGACCACCUGGUCCAGUAGGACCCGUCGGUCCACAGGGGCUGCCAGGACCCAGUGGCUUACCUGGGUUCCCAGGUCAAAAAGGUGACACUGGCUUUCCUGGAGUACCUGGAAGUGAUGGCAGAGACGGAAACCCAGGUAUACCAGGUGUCAAAGGAGAAAAAGGAUUAAGCAUCAAGGGUGAACAAGGUUAUCCAGGAAUACCAGGCGUUAAAGGAAAUAAAGGCGAACCUGGACGAGAGGGCGUAAAGGGAACGCCAGGCCAGUGCCCCGAAAUUCCACAAGCACUUCGAAAGGGUGCCAGAGGUUUGCCUGGGGAUAAAGGUGAACCUGGCCCGCAAGGAGUUGCAGGCUUACCAGGAGAACCGGGUAGAAGAGGGCUUCCUGGCGAAAAUGGACCACCCGGUCAAAAUGGUCUUCCCGGACCUGUUGGACCUAGAGGACUACCAGGACCAAGGGGAGAAAAAGGAGACGUGGGCCCUAUGGGAUUUCCGGGAGAACCCGGUAAAGAUGGACCAAGAGGAUUCCCUGGACGUGAUGGACCAAGAGGCGAUAAAGGAGAACCUGGGAUUCCUACUCCUGGGCCCCGUGGUUUACCUGGCCCAAUGGGACCUAAAGGUGAAAAAGGUUUAAUAGGUUUUCCUGGAAAACCUGGAGCAAACGGAAGUCCUGGUUUAACUGGAUUAAUGGGUGAAAAAGGUGACGUGGGUCCUCCUGGAUUAAAUGGCUUGCCUGGACAUCCGGGAGAUAAAGGAGAUACAGGACCGAUGGGACCUCCAGGGCUUCCGGGUAUUGGUGGCCGACCUGGCUUAGACGGCCCUAAAGGUGAACCAGGAAUAAAAGGAGAAGAGGGAAGGCGCGGGGUACCCGGCUUUCCGGGUAUUAAGGGUGAACCAGGGGUGAUAGGUAUUGAUGGUCCGAAAGGCUUUCCUGGUCCUCGCGGAUUUCCGGGUCCCGAAGGCCAAGCAGGUAAGGAUGGUACACCAGGCCUUCCUGGCGACAAAGGCGAUCGAGGAUACCCUGGGGCUCCCGGAUUUCCCGGUAUUGCUGGUCUUAUGGGUCCACCAGGUCCACAAGGUGAAAAGGGAGAUGUCGGUUACCCCGGACCUCCAGGACCAAUGGGAAGACCCGGACAAGACGGGGACAAAGGCGAUGCAGGUUUUAACGGACCGCCAGGUCCAAAAGGGGAACCUGGCGAUGUUUCUGAGAAAGGCCAGAAAGGCGAACCAGGAAUUCCUGGCUUAAGAGGUUCAGCUGGUUUACCAGGCAGAAACGGAAUACCUGGAGAUAAAGGAGAACAAGGAUUACCAGGAAUAGGAAUUCCCGGAAUACCAGGAGAUAAAGGAGACUAUGGAUUGCCUGGAUUUGAUGGCAUACCUGGUUCCACAGGAGACAAGGGCGACAGGGGGUUACCUGGCUUUCCUGGACCUAAGGGUGAUACUGGUUUUCCUGGACAGAGAGGUGAACCCGGUUUGGCUGGCAUGGACGGAGUACCAGGGGAUAAAGGCGACCUUGGAUUUCCCGGACCGGCUGGUUUUCCUGGUCUAAAAGGUGACGCUGGUCUUCCUGGAAGAGACGGAUUAAACGGACCUAAAGGUGAGGCUGGGCUACCUGGACCCCCCGGUCCUUUUGGUCCACCAGGACCUGUUGGAGUACCAGGUGAUCGCGGUCCACCGGGACCAGUACUUACUGUUAAAGGAAGUAAAGGAGAGAUUGGGCCUCCCGGAUUAUUUGGAGAAAGUGGCGAAAGAGGUAGUCCGGGAGAAGACGGUUUGCCUGGUCUACCGGGAGAAAAGGGAGAUCAAGGUUUUCCAGGACCUAAAGGAAACGCAGGGUUCCCUGGAUUACCAGGAAUGAAAGGCGACAGAGGAUUCCCUGGUCCGGAAGGACGACCUGGCAAUACUAUAAAGGGCGAAAAAGGCUUACCAGGGUUGCCAGGAAAACAUGGUAGAGACGGAAUACCUGGAACUUCGGGAGAAAAAGGUGAUCGAGGUUUGCCUGGUUUACCUGGUAUAGCUGGAAGUCCAGGAUUGCCCGGACCAGUUGGACAACAGGGAGAAAAAGGAGAUCGCGGUUUUCCAGGGAUUCCGGGUCCACCAGGAAGAGAUGGCGCUCCUGGAAAGGAUGGCUUAGAUGGUAUUCCGGGAUUACCAGGCGAUAAGGGAGAUAUAGGACCACCAGGAUUCGCAGGAGCUCCCGGACAAAAAGGGGACAGGGGACUCACAGGGUUACAAGGGCCUCCUGGAAGACCUGGACCUAAGGGCGAUAGAGGAUUUGAUGGGAUUCCAGGUGCACCUGGACUUCCUGGUCCCAUCGGCGACAAAGGAUUUCCCGGACCUCAAGGUCCGGUAGGCUUACAGGGACAUGUUGGAGAGAAAGGCGAUAAAGGUGAAGCUGCAGAAAGAGGAUUAGACGGAAUACCUGGAACUUCGGGAGAAAAAGGUGAUCGAGGUUUGCCUGGUUUACCUGGUAUAGCUGGAAGUCCAGGAUUGCCCGGACCAGUUGGACAACAGGGAGAAAAAGGAGAUCGCGGUUUUCCAGGGAUUCCGGGUCCACCAGGAAGAGAUGGCGCUCCUGGAAAGGAUGGCUUAGAUGGUAUUCCGGGAUUACCAGGCGAUAAGGGAGAUAUAGGACCACCAGGAUUCGCAGGAGCUCCCGGACAAAAAGGGGACAGGGGACUCACAGGGUUACAAGGGCCUCCUGGAAGACCUGGACCUAAGGGCGAUAGAGGAUUUGAUGGGAUUCCAGGUGCACCUGGACUUCCUGGUCCCAUCGGCGACAAAGGAUUUCCCGGACCUCAAGGUCCGGUAGGCUUACAGGGACAUGUUGGAGAGAAAGGCGAUAAAGGUGAAGCUGCGUUACCAGGAAGACCUGGGCCAAAAGGAAAUAGAGGUCCUCCCGGUCUUGCUGGAUUACCAGGAGAAAUAGGUCCACCUGGAUUGGAUGGCCCUCCAGGUUUUCCGGGACCACCUGGAGAAAAAGGAUUCCCAGGAAGAAACGGAGCUCCCGGUCCUGUAGGUCCUCAAGGUCCUAAAGGAGAUCGUGGUUUCGAUGGAAUAGCUGGUGCUAUCGGCCCUAGGGGAGAGCCGGGUCCGAUUGGUCAACCGGGAGCUCCCUGUGAACAGACGCCGGACUAUCUGACAGGAAUUUUGCUAGUAAGGCACAGUCAAUCGAUAGAAGUGCCGUCGUGCGAACCGGGACAUAUAAAAUUAUGGGAAGGAUAUUCGUUACUCUACAUUGAAGGAAACGAGAAAGCACAUUCGCAAGACUUGGGUCAUGCUGGUUCAUGCGUUAGGAAAUUUUCGACAUUGCCGUUCCUAUUCUGCGACUUUAACAACGUGUGCAGUUAUGCAAAUCGAAACGACAAAUCUUAUUGGUUGUCAACAACCGCUCCAAUACCAAUGAUGCCGGUAGAGGAAACGGCCAUAAGAGAUUACAUUUCCCGAUGUGUCGUUUGCGAGGCUCCCGCUAACGUGAUCGCAGUUCACAGCCAGUCUCUAACUCUACCCGAGUGUCCGGUUGGUUGGACCAGUUUGUGGAUAGGCUACAGUUUCACAAUGCACACUGCCGCCGGUGCCGAAGGAGGUGGCCAAGGUCUAUCUAGCCCAGGAUCGUGUCUGGAAGAUUUCCGCGCUUCGCCGUUCAUAGAAUGCAACGGGGCUAAGGGAACUUGCCACUAUUUCGCCGAUUCGCUAAGUUUCUGGUUGGCAACGAUCGACGAGAGCCAACAAUUCCAGGUACCACAGAAACAAACGUUAAAGGCUGGUAAUGUUAGAGACCGCGUGAGCAGGUGUCAAGUUUGUAUAAAAACGACAAGAACAUAAGUUAAAAUAUUAAAGACCAAAUUGUGUUCAAGUGUUUGUACCAUCAAUUGCAAUUGCUACUAUUGCUGUUAAACGCGAUUAACUUUGAUCAAUCAAUAGGUGGCUUUUUUAUCCUAACUAUUAAUUACUUGUACACUGCCGUGCCAUCGUUAUUUAUGUAAGUCUAUAAGCAUUGUAAAAUUUUGUAUAAUAUUUAAUUUAAGGGUAGUAAAUACACGUGUUAUUUCUAAGAUUCUACAAUUUGCGAAAUAUACAUAGGGAUUUAUUUAACUUAUUGUAAAAUUUAUCGACGCUUAAAUCAACUUCUUAUAUACGCAAAUACGUGCUAAAUUAAAUUUGUAUUACUUAAAACUACGUCUCUUUUAUACUUCUCGUUGCUGAACGAAUCUUUCAUCUAUAAAUUAUGUAACAGCACAUUCCUUCAGUUUUACUCCCUUCCUUUUUUUUUUUAAUAUCGUCUUCUAGUCACCGAAAAUUUGGCUCGGAUCCGAAGCAAUCAAUGCGUUGAUUAAUAACGAUAAUAAUAAAUUGUUUCUUUAUUGUUUUUAUUUUCGAUACACUGCCAUAAAAGUGAAGAUGUUAAUUAUCACAUAUUUUUAUACAAUUAAAACUUGUUUGUAUUGUUGUACUUAUAAAUAAAUAUUUGAAUUUUUAAA